AUGUCUUCUACCCAAGAUACAUUCACGCUCGAAGCCGGUCCAGGCACUGACAUCUGGAAGAAGCCUCCCACUACCAAUGUGUGGAACGCUCCCGUUUCCCAUACUUCUUCGGGCCCGCUGAAGAAGUUCAAAUCAGCCCGCGUAUCCUUCUGGGCUGAUUGGACGGAGCGGUACGAUCAAGCAGGACUUCUUUUAGUCCCUAAGCCGGAAUUGUCGACGGCCUCGCCGCCCGAUAAAUGGAUCAAGACGGGCAUCGAAUUCUACAUGGGAAAACCGCAACUGAGCACAGUUAGUUGCGAUCGUUACGCGGACUGGUCUGUUUCAAGUCUCAGCACUAUUGUGGACCCGACCAAGGGGAUCACUCUCGAGAUUGUGCGCGAGGGAGACGAGCAUGGCAAGAGCGUAUGGGUCUAUCAGCUCGUCCUGGAUGCCGAUGGGAAGCUGAAGGAGAAGAUCCCUCUGAGGGAGAUCUGUUGGAUUUUCGCCGACGAGAACGAAAGCGACUGGGUGCUCGAAGUCAGUCCGCUAGUUGCACGCCCAGAGAAGAAGGCCAGCGACCCAUUGAAGGUCCAGUUUAUGCAGUUCGAAGUGGAGUGGGCGACUUGA